CUGUCACCUUGUCCUUUUAGAGCCGUCUACUGGCUGGGUAAUGACACCCUGAGGGUCUCGGCUGCCCUUUUUGCUGAGAACCGCCAAAGAUUGUGCCAGGGGCUGAAAGCCAGAGAGGAUGUUGUGUCUCAGUCGGUUGUGGUGCUGCAGGGGGGGGAGCAGAAGCAGAGGUACUGCACCGACACAGACCUUGUCUUCGGGCAGGAAUCGUUCUUCCACUGGGCCUUUGGAGUGACUGAGCCUGACUGCCAUGGAGCCAUUGAUGUGGAUUCUGGCAAACCCAUUCUUUUUGUUCCCAAACUGCCUGGAAGCUACACUACUUGGAUGGGAGAGUAA